CAAUGGCCCCCUUCUUACGGAUAUCUUUCAACUCAUUUGAGCUGGGACCUGUGCAGAAUCAAGGGGAACAACUACAGCCUUUCUGUGCUAUCAAGAUGAAGGAAGCAUUGACUACAGAGAGAGGAAAAACUCUAGUUCAGAAGAAACCGACCAUGUAUCCAGAAUGGAAAUCUACUUUUGAUGCCCACAUUUAUGAAGGACGGGUGAUUCAAAUUGUUCUCAUGAAAGCAGCAGAAGAGCCAUUAUCUGAAGUGACUGUAGGUGUGUCAGUCCUGGCAGAGCGGUGCAAGAAAGGCAACGGCAAAGCAGAAUUCUGGCUUGACCUGCAACCUCAGGGGAAGGUGCUGAUGGCUGUGCAGUAUUUUUUGGAAGACACAGAUUGCAAACAGUCAAUGAGGGAAGAAGAGGGGACAGUAACUAUGAACAGGAGAGGAGCCAUCAAGCAAGCCAAAAUCCACUACAUCAAAAAUCAUGAAUUUAUUGCUACCUUCUUUGGACAACCUACGUUUUGCUCUGUCUGCAAAGACUUCGUAUGGGGACUCAACAAACAGGGAUACAAAUGUAGGCAAUGCAAUGCUGCUAUUCAUAAGAAAUGUAUUGAUAAAAUCAUUGGGAGGUGUACCGGUACUGCAGCCAACAGCAGGGACACAAUGUUUCAGAAAGAACGUUUCAACAUUGACAUGCCUCAUCGCUUCAAAGUUUACAACUACAUGAGCCCUACCUUCUGUGACCACUGCGGCAGCCUGCUCUGGGGACUGGUGAAACAAGGACUCAAAUGUGAAGAAUGUGGGAUGAACGUGCAUCAUAAAUGCCAGAAGAAGGUGGCAAACUUGUGUGGAAUAAACCAGAAGUUGCUAGCUGAAGCUUUAAAUCAAGUUAGCCAGAAAUCUACACGAAGGUCUGAUUCUGGAUCUGUAGAAAGUGUUGGUAUUUAUCAAGAUUUUGAUAAGAAACCUAGAGGUCCAGGGGGAGAUACAACAGCAGAUAGCAGCGAGUACGAUAAACUCUGGGAGGGAAGUACAGCCAAGACAGCGUCACGAAUUGCAAGCAGGAGAAAAUUCAACAUAGACAGCUUUGUCUUCCAUAAAGUACUAGGGAAAGGAAGUUUUGGAAAGGUUCUGCUUGCUGAGCUGAAAGGGAAGAAUGAAUUCUUUGCUAUCAAAGCUCUGAAAAAAGACGUGGUGCUAAUUGAUGAUGAUGUGGAAUGUACCAUGGUGGAGAAGCGGGUCCUUGCGCUUGCAUGGGAAAAUCCAUUUCUCACACAUCUUUACUGCACGUUUCAGACAAAGGAUCAUCUGUUCUUUGUUAUGGAGUUCCUGAACGGGGGAGACUUAAUGUUCCACAUACAAGACAAGGGGCGUUUUGAUCUCUACAGAGCAACGUUUUAUGGAGCUGAAAUUUUAUGCGGGCUGCAGUUUCUUCACAGCAAAGGCAUUAUUUAUAGAGACCUAAAACUGGACAAUGUGAUGCUUGAUAAAGAAGGCCACAUAAAAAUAGCUGAUUUUGGAAUGUGCAAAGAAAACGUUGUUGGUGAGAACAAGGCGAGCACUUUCUGUGGGACCCCAGACUACAUUGCUCCCGAGAUCCUGCAAGGUUUGAGGUACACGUUCUCUGUGGACUGGUGGUCGUUUGGGGUCCUGCUGUAUGAGAUGCUCAUUGGACAAUCCCCUUUCCAUGGGGAUGAUGAAGAUGAAUUGUUUGAGUCAAUCCGAGUGGACACCCCUCACUACCCACGCUGGAUUACCAAGGAAUCAAAAGAUAUAUUAGAAAAGCUAUUCGAAAGGGAUCCAACAAGACGACUUGGGGUGACCGGGAAUAUCAGAGACCAUCCUUUCUUCAAAACCAUCAACUGGACGGCGCUGGAGAAGAGGGAGGUGGACCCUCCCUUCAGGCCAAAAGUGAAGUCAGCAAGCGACUACAACAACUUUGACAGAGAAUUUCUGAGCGAGAAGCCAAAACUGUCUUACAGUGACAAAAACCUGAUUGAGUCCAUGGACCAGUCUGCAUUUGAUGGAUUUUCUUUUAUUAACCCUAAAUUUGAACAGAUCUUAGAAAAGUAAGUCUCUGAGAGGGUCAGACUUUAAAGCAGGGUUAAACGUUAUAACCCGAGAACUGCCAAGUGCUAAGUGUUAUGUGUUCCAACUAUGUUGUUGAUACUUCAGAAUAAUACACAAUAGUGUGAUUAUGUCCAACUGCUGAUUUAUUGGCAGUGUUCUUUUAUGCAUGGUUGGGUUUAAGGUAUGUGAAUCAUGUGCAUUAUUUUCUCUAUUUGGGAAAAUGUAAAUUCUGUUUGGUACUUGAAUGUAGUUAUAUAUAAUAUAUAUGCUGUAUAUUUUGCUCGAGAGAAGACAUUGGGAAACAGAAGAUGUCUUUUUAAAAAGUGUUUGAGCCCUUGGUUCUUUUAUUUGUCUUCAAUUAAAAGAAAGUUACAU